UGCUCACACAUUGGCCACCUGUUUGGUAAUAAACUGCCAGGUGUCAAACUGCAAGUCGAGUUGAUUUCAGCGCAAACGAACUUUCUGGAUUACAAAAGAAAUUUUAAAAUAAAAUCAUGAAUCCAAGGAUUAACUGUUUGUUUUUAUGAAGUAUUUAAUUCGUACCUAAAGCAGAGUCGACAUGAAGGGAAUCCAGUCUGUCAUUGUUGGAUACGUACUGACUUCCUCUGUUCUACUGGGACUCUGUGUGUUCCAGUCCAUUUCAGCCCAGAGUGGUGAAACCUUGCCUGACAAUUUCAUAGGGUUUGACUCAGUCCCUGACGAAGUGGCAGAUGGCUCAGUGGUCUGUGUGCGGUUUCAGUGCUCCGGGCCCUGUCAGCUCACAGUGGAGGUGGUGUCAACAUUAAGGAAGACAGAUUUGGUGGUUUUCAGGAGAAAAUGGAUCAGCAGUGCACCUCAAGUCCACAGGAUUCAGCCGGUGCGGCUCAGAUUGCCUCCAUCCAUUUCAGAUCAUCAUGACUUCCUCAACGGGAACAUAUUGGACAACCAGAAUGUGACAGUCUGUGCCUGGUUGGACUACUUAAGCAGUGAAAUCGCCACACAGCACAGCUCUGUCUUGAAGGUUUAUAAAGUGCUGCAGGUGAUGCCGCUGUUUGAGUGGCCAAGUAAACCCCUCGCUGGGUGCCCUUCGUUGUCUGCUCAGCUGGCGUGGCUGAUGACCAGCAACAGAAUCCCUCAGUGCCCUCACGAGUCAGAUGUGACUGAUGUGCUGAGCUUUCCUUUGGCGAGUACUGGUGAGCGCUUUGGGUUGGUGCGGAGGUUUCGGCCUUUCGUCAACAUGGACCUGGAGAGAGCCCGUCUUCACGCUGUGACCCAGCCGAGCAUCACCUUGUCUGUGUGGAUCUACCUGGUGGAACAGUGUCACCAGAACCUCUGUGGGAUCAUCCAUCACAUCGACAGGAGCAAUUCGUACGACUCUGUCCUCAUACAGCUCACAGAAACAGGAGACAUCAUAAUUCAGACGCGCCUGACAACAGGAAAGGAUGAAGCAUUUCGGGCCAACAUUGUGCUGCCCCUGUGGAAAUGGAUCAGAUUGGACUGUUACAUGCUGGACUCAAAGAUUAGGAUGGAAGCUACCUGGGAAAAUGAAACCCGCAGAUUUAACUAUCAAUUUCGUGGCAGCCUCCACUAUGACGACACUGACGGAUAUUUUGUGAUCGGAGGAGGAAAAUAUCUACCAGGCAUCCGUGGAUAUUUCGGGCCUAUUAAAUACUACCGCCUUGGAACAAAGGAGGUAAAAAAUCCACUGCCCCCCAAGUCAGCCUUACAGGGGCUGGACAGGGUUCAUGGAGAAUGUCGGGAGGCGAAAGGAUUCACAGAAGCCUUCCUGAAGCAAGUGUCUGAGGUUCACCCCCGGUCAGCCAACAAAGCUGUAUGUACUCCUCACUUCCUACUCCAGUGGAGUCAGAUGAACAAAGCAGAGAAAACAUGCAGACAAGCAUGGACCUGGGAAACACAACUCAAGCACGCUGCGCUCUUUCAUUUCCUGCAGCGAAACGAGGAAGAAAUCAGAGCAGGGUCUCUGGGUUUGAAGCAACUUGGCAGCGUUUUGUUUGACCUGGCAGUUCAAAGCAUGCUUCCUGUGGAUGAGGCACAAACAAAUAUCUCGUCCAGCUCAUUGGCGUUUUUACAAAUUUCCUCCUGCUUUGGAAACCACAGAGCAUCUCUCUUGCUGGCUGCCGCGCACAUGUCCGGUCUGGGACUCCCAGUCAGUCAAGAUCAGGGUCAUGUCUAUAGUUUGAUUGGCGCCCUGGGAGAUGAUCGGUUUGCCCUGAUGCAUGCUGGGUACAAACACACACUUGGAGCUGAUGGGUUUCCUAAAGACCUGGACCUCGCUUACGCAUAUUAUUCCAAUGUUGGAGCUCAGAGCAGCAUCGACCAUUCCCAAGCACAUGAAAUGGAGCAAUACAUCCCUGAACCCAUCUACUUAAGCAAUGAGGAGGAUUUGAAGAGCCUGACAGACGAGUCGAGUGACGUCUUCCAGUAUUUGGAAUUCCAAGCUGAGAGAGGAGAUGUGGAGGCACAGAGACGACUGGGAAUGAUGCUUUACUGGGGACACAACCGAGUGUCCAAAGACAUAGCGAGUGCGGUGAAGUGGUUUGAGAGGAGUGCCAUACAAAAGAAGGACCCCUCUGCCAUGUACGACUACUCCAUCCUGCUAAUGAAGGGCCAGGGAGUGAAAAGAAACUACACUCGAGGUUUUCGGCUGCUGAAAGAAGCUGCUGCGCUGGGCUCAAUUAAUGCCUUGAACGGCUUGGGCUGGUACCAUGGGAAAAUCCUGAAGGACUACAAAAACGCGGUGAAAUAUUUCGAACAAGCUGCCUUAAAAGGGAGCGACGAUGGGAUGUUUAACCUGGGAGUUUAUCACCUCAGUGGGCAAAUCCCCGACAGACCCUGGAAGAACGAGAGUGCUGCGUUCCAGCAGUUCCUGAACGCAUCGCGGUUCGGCCACGUCGCUGCAUCGGUGGAAGCAGCGUGGUACCUUUCGACAGGAAACCUGGAAGGGGUGUCUCAGGAUGCGGAGAGGGCUGUGAUACUGCUCAGGAAGGUCUGCGAACAGAACGGACACCUUGGGUUUAUGGUCAGGGAGGCCCUUCAAGCCUACCUCCAGGGCUCUCGGGAGGAGGCUCUUUUGAAAUACAUCUUGGCAGCAGAGACGGGUCUCACUUUAGCCCAGACAAACGCUGCUCACCUGUGUGAGGAGCUGAGUCACGGCUGCGAUUGUCAGUGGAGAUAUUACAACUACUCGAUAUUAAACUCUCAACCUCAUCCAUCAGCUCUGCUGAAAAUGGGAGACUACUACUGCAGCCGCAGCUCCUCGGGCGCAGGAGAGGACUCAUUAUCCUUGGCCGAGCUGGCCGUAUCAAUGUACAGCAGAGCAGCUCACGCGGGCAGCCCUCAGGGAAUGUACAGCUUGGCUGCUUUGGCACAACAGGGCCACGUUCUUCCAGCCGGCAUCCUGCGCUCUUUCAACGCGUCUCUUCAGGAUGAGCCGGACUCUGUGAUGGAGAAGAUCUUGAAAAGAUGUGUGGAGAUGGAGGAUGAGGAGGCAAUUACUCCCUGUUCUUUAGCGGUGCUCGGACUCCAGAUGGAGAAAGCCUUGAGGAAGAUGACUCAGAACGGCGUGCAGCUCCUGUUGGCAUAUGCAUCGCUUCUCUCCGCCUUUGUUCUUGCUGUCAUCAUGCCACUACAGAGCUGCCUCGGGGGCGGCGCUUUCCCAGUGAGGAGGAGGACGUCUUCAGUCAGACGCCAUGAAAGCGGAGCGGAAGGUGGGGUUGCUGGGGCAGAGGGCGGCCGGUGGCUGACGGACAACGGCGAGCUGUGGCUCCGACAGGCCGGGGAUGUGGUGGUGACCCUGACUGGCGUGUGUGUGUGUGUUUUCUGGAUCACGUUUGUCUGUCAUCUCAUCUGACAUGAAACACAACUCCAGACCCUGAGAGGGAAACAGGGAAUCGGCUCUCCUGCUCCUUUUGGACAUUUGCCCACAUAGAAGUGAUCAGCCCGUAAUUCUUUUUGGAAUUUUAUUUCAACAUACAGGGUCAGAAUUUUAGAAAUAGCUGUUUUGAAAAGAUUAACUAGAAUUUUACUGAGUGCAGUACCUAAAGGGUACAUUUACUUUGUUCAGCCGAUGUGAUAACUCACCUGAACUCUGGUGGGAACCAAACAGGUGAACCAUAGGUCUCACUUUUGAAAGAGGGCCUCACCUUGUUUACAAAUGAACUCAGGUUUGAUUUCUUUGUGUGAGUUGAACGCGUUCGUUAAUCUGUCAAAGUCAUAGGAUAAGCGGGAACAGCUGGUCUCUUCACGUUUUUUUCCCAUCCUGCUCAGUGCACAGCUCUCAGACGAGCAGCUGUAGGAACUGUGUGAUAUAUUUGAGAUGUUUUAGUCUGUGGUUCUUUCUUGAAAGUGCAAAGAAAGCAAAUGAAACCGUGUGAGGUUUAUCAGUAUUGCUGAAUCCUGUCCUGGGGGAAAACUGUUGAAGAAAUCACAGAAUCUUACUUGUAGUUGGACAGAAUGUUUUCUCUUCAUUCUUUUUUGUAGAUCUUCUGCAAGACAUUCUGGUUUUAUGUUUGGAAGCUUGACCUUUCAGCUCCAUCCACAGAUUUCUGUGCACUUAAGAUUUAGAAUCCGGUUCAGUAGCUUCUUCUUCAUUUUCUUUGCCACAUAUUCAGUCUGUUACUAAGAGAGAGUUAUUUGGUGUUCUUUCCACUCUCCAGCAGCUGAUUUCAUCUCACCACCAGGCUUCCUAGUCCUGUAGCCCAUUCCAGCCCAGUCUCUGACAUCCUCAGUUUUGGUGGAGAGUAUGGAAUCAGUUUGACUUUUGUGGACAGAUUGAAGUGUUCUGAUGAACUGAGCACUUUGUUAAUUAGGAGACCUCGGGUGAAAAAGGCACUACAGUUAUAAAACAUUUGUACAAAAUAAGUUUUCCUCAGUCAAGCGGAUCCCUAACAUCUGCGCUUCUGAAGCAUGAAACUGUCUGAAGUCAAGACGGGAUAAAGAUGUUUUCUUCGAGUGGUUGUUGUACUCCCACAGUGACCAUUUUUUGUGACUUGUUUGAAAAGAAUAAAAGACUUGAUUUGAUCAACGGUUUUCCUGACAUCAGAAAACUAAACUCAGGAAGUGAAUUUCCAACCUUUUUACCUGCAAAACCAGCUAAAGUCAUUAACCCUUCUCCCUUUUUGUACAGUUACUGCGGACGCUGUGUUAAACGCUUUUUCCCCCCAGAAUAAUACGACUUUGACCAAACAUCUGCACUCUUUUUCUCCCCUUUUUGUCUUUAUUCACUCAUCCUCUAAAGUUGGAGACCCUGUUAAAUUUUGCUUGGGUUUAUUCCACUCCUUCACACAGAAAAACAAACACAAUCUGUUUUAGACCAGCGACCUGACAAAAGCAACGCCUACAGAGGAGUUAAUCCCAAGCAAGCUGCCAUCCCACCAGCAGAGCCCCACUGGAGGGAAAAACUCCAUGUUUCAGGGGAAAGCAGGCAUUUAUUUGAUCAUUUUUGUGUGUAUUUUUUAUGUUUAUCUCUAAGGAGCAGCUGACUCCUAUGGAAUGUUGCGCUCUGUGAUAGGUUUGAUAAGUUCCUGCGCUUUUUUAAAAACUCUUCACAGUUUCAAAAGGAGCAGAAUAAGAACAAAGCGGUGGAUGUGCAGAGAAGGUGUGUUCCUGCUCCUUAAUAAGUUAGCCGUUCUAGAUUCCUGAAGCUAUCAGUCACAUACUGAUGAUAAAGCUGUGCAAGAACCAGCUUUUUCAACAACAGUGCGUGUGGUUAGACCUGAUGUCUAUUCUGAGGAAGCAGUGAAGGAAUUUCAAAUAUUAUUGAUUUUACUCUAGGUGUGCAGGUGACCUUGGUCAACAUUAGAUAAGGUGGUUUUCCCUUUAUGACAAAAAAAAGAUUUGUGACGCUUCAGAGACACCUGAGCUUUCUUUUUCUUAUUUUCUUUUAAAUAUCAAACAGUGAUAAAAAUAAAACAGCAAUUCAUUUCCUGGGGAAUUGAGCUGCUGCACAUCCAAAGACGGUUAAUGCUGCUUUGUUCUAACAGUUAUUUACAACUUUGACCGGCUCGCAGGGUAUCAUUUUAGCGCCAUGGCUGCUAUUUUUAAAGCUAUCAUUAUUUAAAUGAAACUUUUACAAAGUAAACCACUCUGUGUGGAGCUGCUUCAUGUCCACAUGACUGUGUGUAAUUUUAGGCUUGAGUAAUUCCCUCCUUCUUCCUUCUUGUCACUCAGACGUCAUCUGCCUCUGUCCUGGGAAGCCUUUUUACAUGGGAUAUGUUUUUAUGAGACAUUUUUCUGUGAUCAUAUUUAAUCAGUUAAGUAAAAAAACUACCAAGUGACAAAUGUCACUUGUAAAAGGUAGAAAUGAUGGGAUUUAAUGUUUAUAAAAAACAAACAGAUUUUGAGCCAGACCUGCUGUACCUAAAAACAUUUUUGAAUCGAUCCUUCUGAUCUUUGAACUUUAAAUAUGAUAAAUCAAACAUUUAAACAUUGAGACGUUAGUGCAUAAAAAUAUUUUUUUCUAAAUCCCGAUUUCAAGACUUUACGUCUAAAUUUCAACAGUUCUGUAGAGAAAAGGAGCACACAUUUUUUUCUGCAGAAAAAUGAGAGAAUAAUUUAUGAAAAUGAAAAUAGCUGCAUAGAAGCAAUUUAUUUGAAAAGAUUGUUAAAAUGGUGGAAAUCAACAGCACACCCACAUCAUUCAAUAUGAAUAAUAUGGUUUGAGCUACAGGUAAUCCCCAAAUUCCUUUGUUUGCAGACGAUGUAAUAAUUUUAUACAUCGCCACUUUCAACUUUCGAAAUGUCCGUUUCACUUACUUUAGACCGCGCUGACGUAACACGUCUCUAUAGACUGACACCAUGUAUCCAUGCUGAAAUCUGAUUGGUUCCUGGAGCAAUCAUUUCAAUCUGUUCUAACUGGUUAACUGAACCUCUGUCAGUUCCAUCGAUAAAACAUGAUUUAGUUUAUGCUUAUUUGCAAAACCAUAUUAAAAUAAUCUGCCUGUUGAAAAUACUUAAUACCAGUAGCAGGACUCACACUUUCUAGUUUUCAAUGAUCUGCUCAUCUCUAAAGUCUGCACAAUCUCUAAACAAACACCCUUCCAGUUUUCUGCUGCAACAAGUGAGGCAACUCUUAGACAAAAGUCCCUCAAUUUAAGGCAAAUUUACACAAAGAAGGCUCUAAAUUCCUCUGUCUCUGAUUAUUGCCCCCUGUUUUCAAACAUCUGUAGUUAUCAACAUUUUAUUGAGCUUAUUAAAUAGUUUAAUGUCAACGUCUCUUUGUUUUUGGGAUGACUUUGGCCCAGGUAAUCAUUGAAAAUGGAAACGGGUUCUCAAUCAACUUUCAUUGUCAAAAAAGGUUUAAAAAAAUAGGGGAAAUUUAGAAAUGAUUGGGCUAUAAAAGUGUUUCCUCAACAACAACUGUGUGUUUUUUGUGAGACAUGAAGGAGAGUUUCUGAAUGGUAUUGUUAUAAAAGGGUAAGAAUGUCGUUUAUUGGCCACCUUGUAUAUUUAUGUUAUGUUUUUUUUAAAUUCUUGAAUGAUCAUCAGACUAGCAAUGAAUGCUAAAGUGUUAUAUGCUUGUGUGCGUAGAAAUGUUUUCAACAUUAAACCAAAACAGAUUUUUUUUCUACUCAAA